AUGGAGGAAGAGUCGCCGUGUUCUAGCUUCACUGCCGUGAUAAUGGCAGGCGGCAACUCAAAUAACUUCUCAUUCCUCACCGACACAGUCCCGAAACCCUUGAUUAAGCUCUCCGGGAAGAGUAUUUUGCAUCACCUUUUACACAAUCUGCUCAGCGCAGGCUUCAAGGAGCUGGCAAUUGUCACGAAUAAGCAGGCAUAUUCUCAAGUUGAGGAGCACGCAAAGCAUUGCGUAUCGCUGCUUAACGAGGAGUUGAGCGUACAGCCGAGUGUGUCGGUUUAUCCAGUCGAAGACCAGGGCACCACCGACAUACUAAAUGGGCUCUCCAGCAGUGUUGCAGGGGACUUCGUUGUGGUCCCAUGUGACUUGUACGGGCCGUUUGACUUUAGGACCUUUGUGAAUGAGCACUCCAGGAGUGCCAGGCUGUGUACGAUAGCUCUGCUGGAUCCAACCCACGGAGCGGGCAGCACUGGCGCAACCAGCAUGAACGUGUGCCUCGGAGGCAACGAUUACGAGGACUGGAGCUACAAGUACAAGGUGGUGACGACCCUAAACGAGCACAAUGGCCGUAUUCUCGGCCUGGUUCAGCAGGUAGCGCUGGAUAACGGAGACCCGUAUGAGCUGUACAAGUGGCACUUCAGUAGGAACCAAAAGUGCAUCUUAAGAAGAAAUCUGGUAGAUUUGCACGUGUACGCCUUUUCUAGACUUGUAUUUGAUGUCACAUCGAACGAACAGCUUUUAAAUUCUAGUAUAAGGGUAGGUUGCCUCCUUUCCCUAUUGGUGCCAACCAUCAAACACAGCCCAUGUUCACUGUUUAUAGGCCCUCACUCUACCGAUAGAACGUGGAAACUAAGUGACGCAGACGACGACGAACAUAAGGUACACUACUUCGUAGCAUCCGGAGACAAUUUUAAGUGUUGCCGCAUCAACAGCGUAGACACGCUGUACUGGGCAAAUAUGCAGCUGUGUAGAAAGGGCGUAAAGAAGGGGAAGGUAAGUAUCAAAAACGCAGUUCUGGGCAAUGUGGACUUGAACGACACGAGCGAGAUUAAAAAUAGCGUAAUAGGUGAGUGCGGUGUAUUUGAGAUCUCUUCAAAAUAG